AUGUCGAAUAUCUACAUCACGGAGCCCAACACGGAGGGCAAGGUGCUGUUGCACACGAGCUUCGGAGAUCUGGACGUGGAGCUGUGGCCGCAACAGGCACCCAAGGCGUGCCGCAACUUCGUCCAGCUCUGUCUGGAAGGGUACUAUGACCAGACAAUUUUCCACCGCAUCAUAGCCGGUUUUAUGGUGCAGGGCGGAGACCCCACAGGCACUGGCAAAGGCGGAGAGAGCAUCUAUGGAGGCGCGUUCAUCGACGAAUUCCACUCAAGACUGAAAUUUAACCAUCGUGGACUUCUGGCAAUGGUAAAUGAGAACAAGCCCAACACGAACCACUCACAGUUUUUCUUCACGCUGGAUGCUUGCGAGUUUCUGAACAAGAAACACACGAUCUUGGGCAAGGUUACAGGCAACACGAUUUUCAACUUGUUGAGUGUUGGUGACCUGGAGACGGACGCACAGGACCGCCCUACUAAUCCACCGAAGUUGUUGAGUGCUGAAGUGCUCUGGAAUCCAUUUGAAGACAUCGUACCCAGAGAUGUCAAAAAGACAGAAACUGAAGAGGACUCUCAAAUGAAAAAGAAACGUGAGCGAAAGGCGACGAAGGACUUGAAGCUACUAUCGUUUGGAGACGAAGAGGAGGCUUUCCAGGACGAGAUCGAUGGUGGAGUCAAGAAAUCUAAGAAGAAAAAGGCCAAGACGAUGAUAAGCAGUCAUGAUCUACUCGACGAUCGCAAACUGAAGGCGGAAGUGGACGCCGAGGUCUUACAGAUAGUUAAUGAAGCGAGUGGCGAGGCAGCAAAUGAGGGGAAAAAGGAGCGGUCACUAGCAAACCUGAAAGCAGCCGUGGCUGCUGUCUCUAAACCAAACAAGAAUGUUCGGUCUGCAGUCGAACAGAGUGACGAUAUCGAGCAACCCAACGCUACGAAGACGGAGAAGUUUGUUGCAGGUUCAAGCAGCAAGAAGAAAAAUCGAGAGGAGUAUACAAAGCUACGUGAGGAGCUGCGGAUAUCGAAGAAAGCGGUUCCGCUGCUUAUGGGCGAAGAAGCCAAGAAGCUGGAAAAAGACCGAGCUUUCCAGGACAUGCUCACCCCACUACAGCAACAACGUCAAAAGUAUCUGCAGCGAAAGAAGGCCAGUAACCGCACGGCACGAGAGCAAGACACGCUGUCGAAACUGAAGAAGUUCCAGGCCACGCUAAUUGACGUGAAUGCGAAGAAGACCAACACUUCGGAAGAUGCAGACAAAGCCAAGAAGGACGCUGAGAGCUAUCAUGGUCAGGUUCUCGAAGACGACGACGAUGAUGAUACAAAUGAUGACAAGUCUUGGAUGACAGCGAAGCUCAAAUUCAAGAAGCACAUCGAUGAUCAAUUCCGUGCUGGCAACGAACCUUCAGCUGAUGACUACAUGACUAUCGACUCGCGCAACGAGAAGACUCAGCGCUCGGCUGGGAAUUCAAGGAGAAGUGGAGACCGAUCGAGAGACCGAUCGCACGAUCGAUUCCGUGAGAGCAGUCGCCACAGUCGCCACCGAGACUAUGACCGUAGGGACCACCGUAGCGAAGACCGCCACCACCGUCGGCGGUAA